UCAAAACAAUUAUCAUACAAUGAAUUUCUAAGACAAAACGCACCUUUACUUAUCAGCCAACGGCGUUUUGCUUGUUGGUCUGAUCAACACUCCGUCUGGAAAAAGAAUUUUAAGAAAAUUGCCACGGAUGAACUAAAAGACGGAAGCAAAGUCAAUAAACUAAUGGAAGCACCCACCGAUAAGGAGUUUUGGAUGGGAAUCGAAAACGCACGAAGUAUUGAGAUCAUAAGCGAGAAGCAAUUAAAAUUAAACGAAGAAGAUAGUAGGAUCAAAUAUAAAAGAAAAAUGGAGAUCGCUGAAGGUUCUCGAAAAAAACGAUGUCAAGAUUCUUCUGAUGAUAACGAUGACAAAGAAAUUGACGACGAAAGUGAAGAGGGUAGCGAGGGUGAAAAACCCGAUGAAACUUCAGAGGACGAUGACGAAAAUCUAAUGAAAAUGAUUCAGCGAAUCAUUAAGGAAGAAUUAAAAUCCUUUCGCGAAGACUUAAUCACCGAACUAAAUGAAAGGAUAGAUAAAUCUAAAAAUGAGGGUUAG